AUGCUUUUCAAAUCUGUCUUAUUCAGCACACUAGUAGCCAUUCAAGCAUUGGCAGAGAACCCGGCUCAUCAAGAAACUGUGACUGUUACCAAAACUACACAUAUAAGCAAUCCUUGCUUAGAGAACUACGCUAAAAAGUUAUUACCAAACAACCCAACUGGAUUAACCACCGGUAUACCAAUAGUGAUAGUCUAUGCACCACAACAACCAAAUAGCAAAGUAAAGCAAUCACAACUGCUACAACCAACAGAACUGUCAAAAGCACAACAACAACAAAUACAAGGGUCUGCUGUACUGGCUUCCAUCCAUGAUACACCAACAGUAAUUGAUCAUAAUAAAAUUACUGUCACGAGCACUACCAUAUGCAACCAAAAAGUGUGCACAGUGCAAACUUUUUCUACUAUAAUUCCUCACAGUGGAUCCGUUACUACUACUACUACUACUACAACCGAACAAAAUGAAGAAAAGUCGAUUGUUAAUACAAAGUCUUCCACCCACAAAGCUUUCCCUAGCUCAAAUGGUGCUGUGACUUUACAGAAAACCAGUGUAAAGACUGCAGGAACCACUACUUCAACAGUAUUCAGCGCUACUUCUUUACCUUCAACUACUUACACACCUUUAACUUCAGCUUCCUUAGUUCCCACAACAAAGAAGAAUCCCGUGAGUUCACAGUUAGUUGUCAGUACCAGUAAAACAGUUUCCAUUAACACAUCAUUAAUCACAGAUGCAGUUACAAUUAAAAAAAAAUCAACAACUUUGCCCAAUUCUGAAUACUCUUCUACUUAUACUAAUGGGUCUAUUUCCUUUAUAUCGACUAGUGCUAAUAAAGUUAAAAGCACCGUCACUUCCGAUAUAUCAAAUAAUUCACAAACUGGUUCUAGUUUGAGUCUUAGUUCUACUAAAAAUCAAUCAGGUUCCAUGACAGACUCAAGUCUCACAUCAAUUACUGAAUCUUCUUCAUUGGUACCAAAUUUCAGCUACACAAACUCAUCCCGUGUGUCUAGCACCAUGAAAAGUUCUUCUGCAAAAUCCUCCUUGGUGCUUGAAAAGUCCACUUCCAAUUUAUUAUCUAGCAGUUCAUUUUUGAAUUCCUCAUCGACUGCAUCCACUACAGAAUUUUCUGAAUUAGCAUCUUCAACAACGUCUGAUCACUCACUUAGCAGUUCUUCCAGUUCUGUUGAACUUAGCUCUAGCUUAAGUUCAGAAGUCAGCACCAGUUCGAGCUCAGAAGUCAGCACCAGUUCGAGCUCAGAAGUCAGCACCAGUUCAAGCUCAGAAAGUAUUGAAACCGAAUCUAGCGAUGAAGUGGCCAGUAAUUACUCGGGUGACUUGUUCAAAGCAAUAGAUACCAAUGCACCACCAGCAGUUUUUUCAAGAAAUGAAAUUCCAUUAUCAAUUCCUGCUGGUGUCGACAACAAUGGCAAACCAAUUGGAACCAACAAAUUCUAUACCAAUUUAGUACUUGGUAAUCAAGACUUUAUGGUGUAUCCAUUACCAUAUGGACUUUAUUGGAGUAAAACAAAUUAUUAUGGGUUUGCUGUUCAACAUAAUGAUGUAUCUGACAGAGUUUUUGGAUCCAUAAACACUAAUAAUGUCGGGGUUCCUUCUUAUUACUUUACCCCAACGAACAAUGGUGAAUUGAUAUUUUCUGCUACAUCAUUUUCUAAAGAUUCAAUGCAUAUGAGAGUGUCCCAAAUGGCUGAAUUGUCUGCCUUGGUCACGUUGUCAAGUUCUUCCAAUGAUAAUGCCAAUUACUUGGAUCUUCCUUUAGUUCAAGGUAUGGGUUUUGUUACAGGUAUUUAUAAUGGGAAUUUAACUCCCUUGUUGAAUUCGUUGUUCGGAGUCAAAGAUUUAUCUAUUGAGACUUCUGACGCUUUAUUAUCAAAUGUUUUGAAAUAUCGUGCCACUUUAUUAAACAAUGUUCAAUGGUUGAUUUACAUUACAUUGCCAGAUAAAGAUACCGACUUUAAAUUAGAGGUCAAAGAUUUCUACAACAUAAAGGGAUCCAAACCAGUUGAUGGAUUGAUUAUACAGGUGGCCAUUGCUCCUAAAGAUGAUGCUGAUGAUAAGUAUUACGAUGCCGCUGCUGGUAUGUAUGUCACCAGCGCCACGGUUCUGGGAAGUGUGUCACAGGGCACAGAUGCAAGCUAUAAGUUUACCUAUGCUACAUCUGGUAAAUCUUCCUCAAAUAACCCAAUUGUCUUUGCUUUACCACAUCACAUGGAUUCAUUAGCAGGUUCUGCCCUUGAUACAUCUACUGGUAUCACGGUUACAUCUACCACCAAAGGUGACAUGACCGGGUUUUUAACCAAUGAAUUGGAAUUCAGUGAAACAAUUAACCAAAACGUGGAAUUCUUGCCAUGGACAGAAGGUAUGACUGGAAGCUUGACUUACACUAAGGACCAAUUAAAAUUAUUAGCUACUGCUGCUAACAAAGAAUUGGCAGUAGAUAUUGCUCAAACUGUGAAAAAUAUGGACUCCAAUUAUUUUUCAGGAAAAGUUAUUGACAAGUAUGCUCAAAUAUUAUUGGUUGUUAGUGAAAUAAUACAGGAUGAGGAGGUUACCAAAGAUGCCUUGAAAGCAAUGAAAGAUGCCUUUGAAGUUUUCACUCAAAACAAACAAUACUAUCCAUUAAUGUAUGAUACCAAAUUUGGUGGAGUAACUUCAACAUCUGCUCAAAAUGGUGAUCCAAAUUCCGAUUUCGGUGCUGCUUAUUAUAACGAUCACGAUUUCCACUAUGGUUAUUUCAUUCACGCAGCAGCUAUCGUUGGUUACGUUGAUAAGAAGUUAGGUGGUACAUGGGCUCAGAGUAAUAAGGACUGGGUAAACUCUUUAGUAAGAGACGCUUCUAAUCCUUCUACAGAUGAUACUUAUUUCCCCGUUUCAAGAAUGUUUGACUGGUUCUCUGGUCAUUCUUGGGCAACUGGUUUAUUCGUCACUUACAAGAACAUUGAGUCAAGUUCUGAAUCAUUACAUUUUGCUGCUGCUCUCAAAUUAUGGGGUAAAGUAGUUGGGGAUCAAUCAAUGGAAGCAAGAGGUGGUUUGAUGAUUUCGAUUAUGGCACGUUCUUUUAAUAUGUAUUUCUACUACAAAUCAGAUAAUACUGUGGAACCAAAACAAAUCUUACCAAACAAAGUUAGUGGUAUAUUUUUUGAAAACAAGGUUGAUUACACUACAUUUUUUGGAUCACCAGCUGAUCAUCCAGAAUAUGUCCACGGUAUUCAUAUGCUUCCAAUUACACCUUCCUCAUCGUUGGUCAGAAAGGCUUCUUAUGUUCAAGAGGAAUGGAAAGACCAAAUUGCUGGUUUUAUUGAUAAUGUUGACAGUGGCUGGACAGGUAUUUUGAGAUUAAACCAAGCUUUAUUUGAUCCUAAACCUUCUUAUGAAUUUUUCGCCUCAGAUAACUGGGAUGAUAAGUGGUUGGAUAAUGGUCAAAGUAGGACUUGGAGUUUAGCUUUUGCUGCUGGUGUUCUUAAUGCCAGUUAG